UUUUACUUUCAUAUUCACCUAGAACUACAGCUUAAUUAAGGAUAUUAAAGGGCAGCAGCGAUAUAUAUCACAAUCAUUGAUCAAUGAAAGUUCAAGGACCAAAAUGCUGAGACCACUACUUGAUUGGACACUUGCUGUGGUUUUAAAUGAUUUCUUGUUAACUGGAGCUCAAGAUGUCAGACUGGUCAAUGGUUUUGACAUCUGCUUUGGGACAGUUGAGAUCGUUUACAAUGACACAUGGGGAACAGUGUGUGAUGACUCCUGGGACAUUUAUGAUGCUGCUGUGGUGUGCAGACAGUUGAGAUGUGGAAGAGCAUUUAGUGCACAUAACCAGGCUAUAUUUGGGAAAGGGAGUGGUCAGAUCUGGUUGAGUGAGGUUAAUUGUAAGGGAAGUGAGUCAUCCCUCAGCGAGUGCCAACAAUCUGCAUCCAAUGAUUGUUCUCACAGUAAAGAUGCUGGCGUUGUGUGUUCAGCUUCUCUAGUUGUUGUCAUUGGUGCUGUGCUGACAGUGGUACUGCUCCUUUCGUCCAUCCUGUUAAUUAUAUGCCUGGUGAAGAGGAGAAAAAAACAAAAGAUUAAAGAAACCCAGAUAUGCUCCUUUGCUAGAGAUGCUGUUAGUAUGCAUGAAGAGGUGUCCCUUGAAGACCGAUAUGAAGAGGAUGCUGAGGAUGACUAUGAGAAAGUAGAUAUUGAUGAUGGAGAAUCUGAACAAGACUAUGUUAAUAUGGAUGAUGAAGACUCCGAAAAGGACAACGUCAGUGUGGAGUUCAAUAAUUCUGAACAGGAUUAUGUCAAUGUGGACACAGAUGACUCUGAAUGGGACUAUGUCAAUGUGAAUAUUACAGAAGACAAAAGUACAUUGGACAAUAACUAUGAAGAUGUAUGAAAACUGUAUUGAUGAAAAAUGAGUGAACCCAAAAUACAGUGCAAUUAUUGUAACUUAAUUUGGACUUAAUGUGUCAAUGUCACUAAGG